AGAGAGAGAGAGCAUGAAAAGUGUCGCCUGAAAAGUUGGCCUCGCGUGCUGACAUCCAGUGCGGUCGCGUUCUUGGAAGAACCAAAGAGUAGUUUCAAUAGUAGUAGUAGUAAUAGUAUCAGUAGAAGCAACGGCAGCGGUAGUAUCAUAAAAGAUGGACUGCUUUCAGAACUAUUUCAGCGGGAAGCAGCAGUUUCGGGGUGGCGCGGUUUUGGACAAGUCUGGAAAAGUGAUACAGCAGCAGCCAGGUGUUAAGUACGACAGUUUUCCUAGGUCUUCCGCUAAACCGGACACGGGUUACGUGAGCGCUGAAAGCUCUUUGGAUAGUGACGAAGAUCGGGAUGCUGGGAAUCAUCAUCACAUCUUGGAACCCAGCGGCACCGGGUGCGAUGGACCUAGGAGGUGUUUGGCUUGGGCGUGCAAAGCUUGCAAGAAGAAGACAGUUUCUAUUGACCGACGGAAAGCAGCCACGCUUCGCGAAAGGAGAAGAUUAAGAAAGGUGAACGAAGCGUUCGAGCUGCUGAAGAGACGGACGUGCAACAAUCCCGGGCAGAGGUUGCCCAAGGUGGAGAUUCUCCGGAGCGCUAUAGAAUACAUAGAAUACUUGGAGGAGAUUCUUCAGGGCUCUAAAUCACCUGCGGAGAUUCAGGCCUCGUCCAACGGCACCGAAUACAUCAAUGGACAAUCAUCACAAUUCGUGUCGGAGAGGCUGCAGCAGUUUAGUGAACCUUUAAGUAGACUCACCUCAUCCAACAGUUUCGACGUUGCAUCCACGACGUCCUCCUUGGACUGUCUCAACCUGAUCGUUCAGAGCAUCACCAACAACAAGAAGUUGGUGGAGAGCAGCUCGCAUGACUCCACGACAAAGACGUGACUAGAAGACAACAAACAGACACCACGUACCACUCUAGCUCAAUUUGUACUUCCUAAGUUAUCUUAUUAAAUUAU